UUUUUUCUUACAGAAAACUAUACCAUUUUCUCCGGUCAACCCCGAUCCCAAUUCCCAAACCCUAACCCUAAUCCCCUUUUCUCCCUCUCUCAAAUCGCUCCUUCGCUUCCCAGAUCGGCGGCAUAUGUUCGGUUCAUGAAUGUAUCCGACCGAUUCGCAUGCACCGGUGAACCAAUAUCUCGCAGCUGUAUCAAAAUCUAGUGGCCAGAUCGGUGCGUAACAUUUCCGGAUCGGUGGUGACGUUUUGUUCACGAUUGGACCAGAUUCCAUGAAGGACGACGAUGAGAUUCAGUCGAGUGGAUCUCCGGCUUCUCCGAUCUCCAACGGCCGGAUUACCGUGACGGUUGCGGCGGCGCCUCCUCCUCCUACGCCUCCUUCUCAGAAUACGAUAACGUUGGCUCUGCCGAAUCAACAAUCCAAAGGAAGUGGCGGCGGGAGCGGCGGAGGUGGACGAGAGGAUUGUUGGAGCGAAGGCGCGACGUCGGUGCUGAUUGAUGCUUGGGGAGAGAGGUAUUUGGAACUGAGUAGAGGGAAUUUGAAGCAGAAGCACUGGAAAGAGGUGGCUGAUAUUGUGAGUAGUAGAGAGGAUUAUACGAAGAUACCGAGGACUGAUAUUCAGUGCAAGAAUCGGAUUGAUACCGUGAAGAAGAAGUAUAAGACUGAGAAGGCUAAGAUUAGUGCUGGAGGAGGGCCCAGUAAGUGGCCAUUUUAUGAUAGAUUGGAUCAAUUGAUCGGUCCGGCUUCCAAGAAUCCUGUUUCUAGCGCAGGUGUAGCCACCACUGUAAAUCCGCCUCUACAGAACCAGAAAGUUCCUCUAGGGAUUCCUGUAGUGAAUCGGUCGCUGAUUCCAUAUCAGGCUCAUCAUAAUCACAAUCAUCAACAGCAACAAAAGGGGCAAAAAGCUCAGAAGGUCCAAUUCCACAAGCGGCCUCGAACGGAUUCCGAUUCCUCAGGCUCCGAGAGAGAAACAUCCCCAACUUCGAGCGAUAGUUACAGGCAAGGAAAUUAUCGGAGGAAGAGCGCUAGGGUUCAGAAGGAAGUGGUGAAUCCAAAUUUAGGGCAAAUGGGGAAGACGGAAAAGGGAAGGAACGGAUCGAGAGAAAAGGGAUGGCGAAAUGCUGUGAGCAAAUUAACUGAAGCAAUACUCAAAUUUGGGGAAGCGUAUGAACAAGCAGAGAGCUCAAAGCUGCAGCAAGUGGUGGAAAUGGAGAAGCAGAGGAUGAAAUUCGCCAAGGAUCUGGAAUUGCAAAGAAUGCAAUUCUUUAUGAAAACUCAAUUGGAGAUCUCGCAGCUCAAACAUGGGAGAAGAGUUGUGGCUGCUGGUAAUCACCAUUGUAGCAACAACAACAACAACAACAACAACAACAACCACAGUAACAGCGAAAGCAGCAACUAGAUGAGAUUUGCAGAAUUAGGUAAUACCCUUCUCAUCUUUGGAAAUGGUAAUCCUGCCAGUUUACUUAUCUGUAUCCAAAUUUAUCAUUUUCUCUCCUAAAUUAACUUCAUCAAGAUGUUCAAAGCCUUAGUGGUCAGUAGUCAGUCUGUUACCCAUUAGAAGUCUUCCUCAUCGUCAUCGUAAUCACCUACUUUUAGUUUUCCUCAUUGAUGAUAAUCAAUCACACCCUCAUGUUGGAAGAUUGCAAAUAGUUUCUCAGUAAAAUCCCUGUUAAUUAGAACAAAAUGAUGAAUCAAAGUAAAUCCAAUUUGGAAUCAA